AUGAACCACGCGAGUGCUCUCGCAGAAACAGCUUUCAUUCUCCCUCAUUUUGUGCCUGUUACAGAAAAUGUUGUAUCAAUUCCACUGAACUGCGCAUUGAACACCGAGGGCGAUUACAUCGGCGCCCUGCAACAUCUGGUGAUUCCGAUUGCGCUGGAAUAUCAGCCAGACCUUGUGCUGGUAGCGCUCGGAUUGGAUAGCGCCUACUACGAUGACUUACUGGAGCACGGACAAGCUAUUAAAGCACAUGGGUUUCUUUUUUUUUUGUUUUCUUAG